GGUUGAGCAAGAUGGCGGAUUGCUUGAAGCUUGUGCCGGAUCCAUCAACUAGCGUUAGAUUUGGCCUGAAUUCUUCAUAACAAAUGCACUCCUAUAGAUUUUCGAGAGGUGUUCGUGCUGUCGGAAUUCGCAAGUCUUCAGGGAGGUGACACCUAAGGCAAUACAGUGGAGGUUUGCGGGUUUGAAGUGGUCGGGACACGAUUUUGAAAGUUGUAUCGACAAAACUGUAUGCAUCGAAAUUUGGAUGGGAUCUAGAUGGUAGUUCAACAGUUACUGGACGAGGUAGAUAGUUAUUGCACUUUAAAAUUAUAUUCUCCAAUUAAGAGACUAACUAUCGACUCUUUAUGCUAUUUUUGGCGUGUAAUUUACAGCACAAAUAUCAGUCUCACAGUAGCUAAAGAUGUUGCAAAAUGUUAUCGUUGCGUUUUCGAUAAAUUAUGUUUAUUAUGAAUUAUUUGUCAGCCUCCCCUCGUACAAGCGUGCUUCCACGGUGAUGCUACCGAAUUGCGGACGUUGAUAAGCCGAAACGAGGAUGUAAAUCGCCAAGUAAGUAAAGUUGAUUAAAUCAGUCUCACUCUCUUAAUAAUCGAAUUUUUCGGGUCACCGAAGAAAUGUCAGUUGAAUGUGCAUCAUCAAGUUCCUUCUCUUGAAUAAGGCAAACUUAUCAAUUAUUUAAAGAAUUCGUGUAACCAGUAAUAAAACUCAAGUUUGUUGUCAGCUGAAUUCUCAAAUAAACUGCUGUUUUAGAUGUGAAUAACUGAUACGUCGUUCCUAAUCAGUACAUGUCUAUGAAAUGUCAAUGUUAGAUUUUAAUUUCAGAUAGAAAAAAAUUCCUUCCACGGUUGAGCAAUCUUUUUGUUAUUACCUUUUAUUUUGGUUCCUAACCUUUCUUAUUCAUAACCAGGGAUUGUAGAGUAAGGAAAUAAAUAACAAUUUAGGUGGAGAACUUUCCUCUUAAGAUUAGAAAUUAUCUGUAGCAUGUUGCUCCCUUUCGAGGAAGUGAGAUUAAGCUGUUAAAUAAAUAUAUAUAUUUUUUUUUUAUCAGGGAAGGGUUGUAUGUAGUUAGUGUUGUGUGGUAGAAAUAUAACACCAAUGUUUGCACAAUCACAAAUUGCUGUUGCCAGUUGUUUUCUGUUUACCUGACCUAGCAUACCAGUCUAUAAUACAGGGCUAAAAAUUGGCCGUCGCAUGGUCGUCAGUGGUGAGUUAAAACUGACCAGGGCCACCAAAAGUUAAGGUUUGAAUGCCUGAUAUGCGACUAUGCUACAGAAUUUCGAAAAGUUGCAAUUUAAAUAAUGCGAAGUACAAAGUUAAAAAUAAAACUCAAUAUUUAGUUUAAUUGGACUGCCUUUUUCUUCAUUUCUUUGCCUGGACUCUAAGAUCAUCUAUUUAAGUUAAUUUUUAGUUCUGAAGUGGAAAUUGCAAGCCAUUUUAACAGUGAUUUCAUGAGCUUGUUCCUCCCUUUUAGUUAAUGCUCUGUUAAAAGCCAUAGGGCAUUUAUUUAAGUUUUUCAUUUUAAACUAGAGGAAAUUGAGGGCUACUUCAUUUUGGGAUGGGCCACUAAGAAUUCAAGGAAACUUGCCCGACUGGCCACCAAGCGCUGGAGUUAAUUUUUAGCCUUGAUAAUAUGUGUAAAAAUAGACUUUAUUUUGGAGUCUGUACUAUUGAUCCGUUUUAGAAACUGUUGGCUACUGCAGGUAGAUAACGAAGAUUGAGUAGUUAUUUUACUAUUAUAUACCAUUUUAACGUAAUUGCUUGGACAGUGGAACAUGCAAAUAUGCAAUGGCAUUACACAGUAGAACAGGGUAGUUUUAAAAAUAUGAGGGAAAGGAAAGCAAAAAAAUGGCUGCUUUGAAGGAUAAAAGCUUUCAGUCUUUUAAGCUUGAUGUUAAUGCAAGGAACUUUCAAGUGAAAUUUUGUUUGUCAUGAAAGACACUUAAACAGUAGUUUUUGUAUUGAUUUUGUAGAAUGUGUUUCACGAACUAUAAACCAAAAGACUUGAAAUUAAAAUGAUAACGGAAUCUUUCUUUUGUUAUUUAUGGCUUUACAUAUAUUGUGCAAGCAGACAUUUUGGUUACAGCAGUAUUUUUCCUUGCCCCUUCAAUGCUUGCAAAAGUAUUUGCAAGUCAAAAAAUCAUGUAUAUUAAGCAUUGCAUUGGGUUUAAUUGUUGUUCCCAACUUGUGCUGUGCAUGUACAUCACAGAUUUUACCUGGCAAUCGUUUCAACAUAUUUUAAGUUGUUCCUGACUAGCUUUGUUAAUCUCUAGGAUGAAGAGAAGAGGACUGCUUUACAUGCUGCAGCAUAUUGUGGAGAGAGUGACUGCAUUAGCAUUCUUAUUGCUCAUGGUAGGAUUUAGUCACUGAAUCACUACACUAAAUUACAGUUUUACCUUAUCAUGAAGAGUCAUCGCAGUUCAAUUGUGAAGGGACUUUGUUCAUGCUUGAAGGUAGCACAUGUCCCUCAAAAACAGACUGCUUUGGUUAUUAAUUUUUACAAUUAAUCUGUGUUGUAUUUGGGCAAUUUUGAUCAGAGGGGGAGGGAGAGGGGAGGAGGAUUGUAGUCACUGUCUAGAGUUCUAGGGAAGGAUUUGCUACCCAGAUCUCCAUUUUGUAACUUUAUUUCAGACUAGAACAUCAAUUUUCUAUACCAGCUUUUGGAUCUAGGCUUCAAAAUCCUUGCCAUUCAUAUGAUUUCUGAAAAUUAAACUUGAUUUACACUUAUAGUGCCGUUUGGUUUAGUUUGAUUAAUCUUGGCAUCAGAACUGAAAAUUCCAAUCUAACAUUAUUAUACAUUUCGGUUACUCUUCUCUCUUUAGUAUUAAUUUCUAGUGAAAAAGAAAAAUAUGUUUAAACAUGUUAUGGUUCCCUUGCAGUACCACAAAGCUGUGUGGUAUAACAGGGAAAAGUGAUCACUCUGAUGGCAAAUUUAUUUUAAAUCUCAAUAAUUUCAUUCUAUUGAAAUGGUGCCUUUUUUUUCCUCAGGAGCAAGAGUAAACACUAAAGACAGUAAAUGGAUGACCCCUCUUCAUCGUGCCUGUGCCUCUGGUAGUGUGGUAUGUUCUUUAACCCUUUAUACCCUAAGAGUGAUAAGCAUCUUAUUUCUCCUAACAGUAUCACUCCUGAAUUAAACAUUAAGGUAACAGAAAUAAAGGAAAUGAUCACCAACUGAAGAAGCUCUUGAUUGUUAAACAAAUUCUCCUUGCCCUUGGUGAGAUCAACUGUAGGAGUUCUAAGACCACUAAAAUUACUGUGUACAUGAAGUAUUCCAAUUACAGGUAUCUAUGGCGUAAAGUUAGCAGCAUACACAUACAUAUAUAUGAAUGUACUUAAACAUGCUAUUUUUCAAUUAAACAGACAAGUGAACCUUUUUAUUUAUUAUACAUCCUAUUAUGCUAUCCAGAUUCACUGAGCAGCAACAUUGCCCUCAAGGUCAUGGCUGAAAAGCAGAUUAUAUAAAUGAAAUCUGAUUUUUCUUUUGGGACUGCAAAAAACAGUGGCUUGCCAGGGUCAGUGAAUGAGAGAAUACAUCUAUGCUCAGCUCACUGGGAAAUCUUCUUGCCCUGUUGGACGAGACAAAUGUUUUUGUUAGUUUGUCUGGUUCAAAAGAUAGAUUUUUCCAGUUUAAAGGAUAUACCCUUUACUUGCAGGAGUGUGUCAAAGCGUUGAUCAAUAGUGCAGGGGAUGUCAACGCAAGAGACAGAAACUGGCGGAUUCCUCUGCAUGUUGCUGCUAGCAACAAUCAUGUGCGAUGUGCAGGUAAUUGCAUAAUGUAACCAAUGUUGGAAGGGUCUUCAUGGAGCAAGUGUGGCUCUAGCAUUGGAGAAGCUAGGUAUUUUAACCCUUCAACUCCCAAGAUCUUUUUAGUAAUUCUCCUUACUGUCUGUCAAAUAAUUCACAUUAUGUUAGUUUAGAGAAUUUGGUCUCAGAUAAAUUAGUAAUCCUAUAAUUGAUUAUUUUCUUUAUUCUCAUCACUUGUCUGUAUAGAUAUAGUAAGGAGAAAUUCUGACUUGGUCACUCACUGGAGUUAAAGGGCUAAUAACUAGUUUUGGUAACCUGAGCUUUAUCUUUUUCCUAUAAUUGUUUUGAAUUUUUGCUUGUAGAGGUUCUUAUUCCUCACCUACAAAAUGUGAAUGUGACGGACAGAGCUGGGAGGACAAGCUUACACCAUGCAGCAUUCAACGGCCAUGUUGGGGUAUGUGUUGGAAUUUAAAAUUAUAUUUAUGUUUAUGGAACUCUCCUUCUUCAUUUAGUGCUCCCCCUUCUAAUCUUGUUCUCAUCAUAGUUUAAUUAGCUGAUGUUUUUAGAUCUUACUCCAGUGGAUUACUUGAUGUCAUCUGUGAAUCUUGAAUUACAUGUACAUGUAUAUCAGACGUAUGCUUUUAUACAUACCUGUAUCUGUGCUAACCAUUUAUUCUUGAUUCACUUUCCUUGAAGUUUCUUCUGAUUCUCAGCUGCUGAUAAAAUGAUUUUACUUAGGCAUGUACUUGCACAUGCAUGUGAUAUGAAAUGGUUACUCUUGAGUAAACUUGGAAAUUCUUGUUUUACAGAUGGCACAGCUUCUGAUAACCAAAGGAGCCCACUUGAAUGCUGGUGAUAGGAAGGACAGAAAGCCAUUGCAUUGGGCUGCACACAUGGGUAAGUCGUGUACAAUGUACUUGUAAAUGCAGUUCAAUCUCUUGGUCAGGUUUGGUCAGAGAUAAACAAGUGUUUCUUUGUCUUUAAACCAAAUGAAAAUAGGCAAAUAUCAUUUACUCAUGAGUAAAUGUGUUAAGGGAUUUCAUUUUAUUUCUUCUUGGGCUAAGGCUAGUAAUAUCGUAUGUGAUUUUGUAGGACGCAUUGAGUGUGUAGAAGUUUUGGUUAAAUCUGGAGCUGAAAUUGACUGCAAAGACAAAAAGGUACAACCUUUAUAUUUUGUGUGCGUUAAUUAAAGAAAUAAGAGUUGGCUACAAGAUUUUAGAACAGUUUAUUUGUGGGAUAACAUUUAGGGUGACCUAGAGAAAAUGUUUGUUCCUGAUUUCUGAGGAACAAAGGACAUGUGAAUCUCAAGACCACCUAUUCAUAAUUUCCAAUGGGACAAAAGUAACUAUUGCUAUAAUUUUCUUUACAUCAUUUCUCCAUUCGUGGCCUCUUUAGAGUUCUUCUGUUAUCAAGAAUCUUUCUCACUUUGGUUGGAAAAUCCUCAUAAAUGUUUUUAGAAGCAACACAACACAAAGCAGUCCUCCUCCUUGUGUUCUAUGUUCUAUCCAUCAACAUGGCCAGUUUGACAAAUUGAUUGUGAACAAUUGUUGCAUAGUUGUAUAACUUGGAUAAAUUCUGUUCUUUUUUUGUAUUUGGUUCUGUUGUAACUUGUAUGCUUUUCUGACCUUGCUUCACCAGAAAUCUUACUUAAACUAAUGUGAGAUUUCAGUAAUGGGUACAGCCAUUGCAUAGAUCAAAACCUGAAAUGAGUUUACUUGUGGGAAUACAAUUUGGGCUAUGCACAGAAUAUUUAAAAGAUAAUGUUUGAACUGUAUAGAAAAACUUCCUUUUGCUUUUGUUUGCAUAGCAUUACACACCUCUCCAUGCUGCAGCAGCUGGGGGACAGUUAACCACACUGAAACAGCUGUUAGGACAUGGAGCAUCAGUAAGUUUCUUAAGAAAGAUAAAUUUAAUGAUCCUAAGAACAUUCAUAUUAGUAGAGACUUAAGAGUAGAAGAUUGCAAUAUAAUACUGUACAAGAUAUAUGUACAGUAAAAUCCUAAAUAUGCAUCUUCUGACAGUGUUAAUGGUUUAUAAGGUACUUGUAGACCCUUUCAUGCUUUCAAUUUGGUAAAAUUCUUGAUAGAAUAUCUUGUGAAAUUAAUCCUGUUGGUUUUUUCUGUUUUGUUUGUUUGUUUGUUUUUUUUUUUUUGCAUUAAAUAAAAAAUUGAUUACUGUGUGGGAAUAGAAGUGUUGCACAUGUUUUAAAUCCUGCCUCAAGUUUGUGGAAAAUAGAAACCCUUAAAAAAAGUUUGUUCACAUUCAAAGCAUCUAGCAGAAGUAUAGGGAGCCACACUUUUUCCCAAAUUGAUUGUAUUCUCCUUUCAACAAUUGAAUCGUUUCCUCAAAAAUUUUCAUCCAGAGACUCAAAACUUUCAAGUAUUUAGGACCAAGUUUCUGGUAAAGACUAUCCACUUGUAUUUGAGCAUUUUGUAAACUUUUGUAUAGAGACUUUAGCUUAGGCAAGAGCAAGGGUGUGAGUUAUGUGCCUACAGCUGUAAAGAGUACAGAAGUUACUCAGAAGCAGCCACACUCCUAAAUCAUCUAAGAUGGAAUGACCAAUCACGAACAGUAGACUACUUAAAGAACACUACUUUAUCUACAUUUUGUAGUUGAUCAAUACAUAUUCAGGUAUUUACUUUGUUACUUUGCAGGUGGAUGCCCCAAACUUGAAUGGUAACACACCGCUUCACAUUGCAUGUCUCAAUGGACAAGACAUUGUCAUAAGUGAACUGAUGAGCUAUGGUGCUUCUGUAAAUGCCACUAACAAGAAAGGCAUGGUAUGUUGUUGUUAAACUUCACACCAGGGUGUUUCACACUUUAACCAUUUCAAUGAUAUAGGUAAUUGGAUGUAACAUAGAGCUUAAUCAUACAUGUAAAACGAAAUGACUCCUAUAACUGUUUAUUCAUUCAAUCCUGUACAUCACUUUGAUUCCUUUGUGGAUGAGUUCACUGAUAAAGAUGUUGCUAAGUGACUUUCCUGGUCCAGUUGGAGGCAUGCUGCAGGAGUUCUGAUUUUGUUUAGCCUAUUUUGGGUGAUAUCUGUAAAUGUAUGUGUGCAAUAUUUGACUUUGCCACAAAUAAUUUUGUUUUUAUCAUUUCAGACUCCAUUACACUAUGCAGCAGUGUCAGGGCAAGGUGAUGUUUGUCUUGAACUGCUCCUGAAUGAUGGAGCCAGUCCUAACUUACAGGUGAGGAUUGAUUAAUCUUAUUACCAGUUUAUUAUGUGUAUUAACCCUUUACACCCUAACAUCAGUAUACAAAUUCUCCAUACUGUUCACUAUACAUUUCCUGAAGUGCUGACAAGGGGAACUGUGUUUAAAAAUCAAGAGCUUUAUAAGUUGGUGAUCGUUUCCUUGAUUCUUGUGACCUUAAUGUUUGAUUCAGGGGUGAUAUUGUUGGGAGAAAUUAGAAGCUGGUCACUCUUAGGGGGUUAAAGGGUUGAUAAUAUGUCUCUUGAAUUUAUCAUUAUCUAUGUAUAGUAAGAUUAGUUUAUAUUUAUAUACUCUACUCUGUACCAACAAGUAACAAAGAAAUAAUUUGUUGAUAACAAUUACAACAGUGCAAGAAUGGAAGGACUCCACUUCAUUAUGCUGCUCUCUAUGGGCGCUGCUCUAGAGCUCAAACUCUUCUCCAACAAGGUAAUGUGUAUAUGUACAUAUGGACAUUUCUUUGUUAGAUGUACCUUUUUACUUCCAUGUGUAUACACUUUAUGGCAGUAUGUUAAUUACGUUGGAUUUGCAUGUUCUCACUACUGGGAAAACUUAGUGAUUAAAUACUUGGAUUCAAAAAGGUCUUUGACAUCCAGAAAGGUAGAAAAAAGUUAAGCAAAAAUUCUUAAGUUCUGUUUUCAACCAUGGAUCUUUUCCAAUGUUUGUCAUUUUCUAACAACAUGUAUUAAUUGAAUAACUUUUGGACACUUAAUUAUUAUUUUCAUCUGUGCAUGUGUACAUGAAUUAUUAGAUUAGGGCAAGGCAGAGGUGCACUGUUCACAUGUGAUAUGUGGGUAAGGAACUGUGAAAGAUUCCAUAACUAAAUUUGUUGUUUCCCAUCUCUGUUUAAGGUUGCUAUGUAGAUGCAACAGAUAUCAGAGGAAACACUCCUUUACAUAUCACUGCAUUACAUGGUCAAGAAUUAUUACUAAGUGUGCUGUUGGCCAGUGGAGCAAACCACACAAGGUGAGUGAUUGAGUGAGUUUGUGGUUGAAUAAGCUUUUUCCAAAACAUAUGUGUUACCCGUAAUUAGCAUUUAUGGAAGUUAUCUUUAAACUCUUUCAGGCGAGGAUCAUUUGGAAUGUUACCUCUUCACAUGGCAAGCUUAGGUGGUUUCACAGACUGUUGUAGAAAGCUGAUAUCAUAUGGUAAGUUUUAAAUGUGUAGUGAAAAGAAUUCAGGUUAAAAUUGCUAGAAUUAAAUUUCUUGUAAAACUUAUAUGUAGGCUAUUUAGUUCUUAAAAAAAGAAUUGUGUUCAUGAGAGAAGAAACGUAAACAUUCAGGCAAACUUUGUUUCUGCCAUGCCCAAGAACUCUUAGAUAUUCAGGACCCUUUAUUUUCCCUUCCAAUUGCAAUCAGUUUCCUUACAAACUAUUUAAGAGAAUUUGGUGAUGUAGUAAGAUCACUCUCUCCUGCUCAUGACCUUGUUGACAUAAAAUGUUGCUGAAAAUUUAAGAAAAGCACUAUAUUUGGAGUUUAAAUUGUUUAAUUUGUUACUUUCUUCAGGUAAUGAUGUAAAUGCAAGAGAUGAUAAUGAUCACACUUGUCUUCAUGCUGCUGCUUGCAGUGGGUCAGUCACACACAAAUGUUGUAGUGUAGAGUUACUGAAUAUUGUUAUAGGCCUUCUGAUAGGGUGUACUUUGAAAGGAAAACUGCUUUACAAUGUAGAAGUGCAGUGUUGCAUAUAUUGAUCCAAAAGUAAUUAUAAUAAAUCAAAAUAAAAAUGCACACGUGUUGCAUUUCUGUGACCUGAAACCUUCAGCACAGCACUAUCUUCCUUUUGUUCAUAAUUAUGUUCAUAUGUGUACUCUAGGAUAAUGAGUAUUGUAAGGGCAUAUUCAUAAUUCAGUCUUCUUUGUUGUGUUUACAGAAAUGUUGAAUGCUUAGGACUUCUUUUGCACAAUGGUACUAAUCACACUGCUUUAGACAAGUUAGGCAGGUUGGUAUGAUUACUCCCCAAUAUAUGAGUUGAUUGUUUUUAUUUUUGAAAAUUAAUGCUUUUCUUUUUUAUGUUUCUUUGCCCAUCACUUAGCAGCAUUUAGCACAGAUUUAACAUUGCAGUGUUCUACACUGUACUGUUGAAACAGGAUCGUGUGAUAUCAACAAAAGCUUUUGAUUGGGCUGUUCCUUGUUGCAUAUGAAAAAAAAGACCCAAAAGGUUUCCAGCAGCUUGUGAAUGGUUUAUACAGAUAAGAAAAAUUUGCAUGUAAUAUGUGUUACCUUGUUUGACACAAUGCUUGUUUCAGAAGAAUAGAGAAGUUUGAUUUAUCUUCACCAGAUUCUUUUUCACAUCCCCAAAAGAAUUUUACACUUCAAGCAUUUACAUGUAUUAUGGCUUAUGAAAGCAAAAAACUAAAAAUCAACUUACUUGCCAAAAUGCAAACUUAAUCAGCAAGAUCAAAUCAAGUUGAGGCAUGUUCUUGCACUUGUUUUUCUCGAAUUGGUUGCAGUUGCACUGCAUGUUUUGCCUUGUCUGCAUGCUUUCAUUUUGCUUUAACUCUUCAACUCCCAAAAGUGACAAACAUGUAACUUCUCCCAAUAAUAUCCAUACAUUACUCAGCAAACAAAUAAAGAGAAUACACAAACUUGUUACUAAUUUAAAAGGAACUGUAUAACAAAUAAAGGCAAGAAUUAACAACCAGGUGAUGGGAGGUGAAGGGUUAGGAUCAAUAUCAGUAUCUGGGCAAUUGCCCACCUACCCCUCCCCUAACUCAAUAACAGUUAGUUUACAACAAGUUAAGGUUAAUGUUGGGUUAAGGGAGGGGUAGGUGGGCAGUUGCCCAGAUACUGAUAUUGAUCCAUGGGUUGAAAAUAACAGAUACAUGUAGUUGGGAUAGGCCUUUGACCAGAGGUGAAGUAAGCAGGUGAAGUUGCUGUCAUAAGCUGCUGCUUAAUUAAUGUUCAUUACUGUGAAGUUAGCUUUUAAAUUUAUUGCUGUCAUACUGAGUUGCCAAGUUGUGUACUUGCCGUGGAUGACCAGAAUUUGUUUUCUCCUUCGCUCUCCUUUUCUCUUCUCCUGAUAUUUAAGAGAGAAUUGUUACAUUUAUUUAAUUUCUAUUGUUUACAGAACUGCCCUUCACUAUGCAGCCGGCCAUGUACAAUACUUUUGUGUUAAAUCACUGGUAGCUACGGGCUGCAGUGUAAAUCAAGUGGACACAAGAGGCUGCACUCCUCUGCACUAUGCUGCAGCAGCAGAUGAGGAGGCCAAGUAAGCAACACCUUUAUUAAUUAAUCGAUGAACACGAACGAUGAGAACUACUGUCUUCGGCAUGUUUUUGUGUCUGAGUUUUGUUACGUUCUGUCGUAUCCUUUUUAGGUGUGUGGAAAACUUACUACGAAAUGGAGCCAAUGCAAGUAAAAGAGACAAACAAGGUUACAGUCCAGUACACUACGCUGCUGCCAGAGGACAUAAACUGACACUAGAAAUGGUAGGAGUUAUUUUAUUGUCAUAUUCAAUAUUAUUGUUAGUCUUAUUACUUUUAAUAUUUUAAGGACCGAGUGGAGUCCAAUUUAGUCUGUAAUCAUACGAGUGGUUAACAAAAAUCGGACCAGCAAGAUAUAAUUUGUACACAACGUGUUUUAACGGAGUUGUGUACAGUUUAAAGGAUGAAUACUAUUUUGUAUUGUUUCAGUUGUUAGAUGUAGCUGCAACAGAUCUUCUUAAUAAAAGUUCUGGUUCCCCAGCAACCACCCCUCUUCAUUUGGUGGUAAGUUUUCUAUGUCAUUCAUUCAUUUUUUAAAUCCUCUGUAAUGAUCCUUUGAUAAAUUCAAGCAUGUGGAUUAGGAGAUGAAAGAACUAAGGGAUUUUAACCCGAUCUUUUUCUUAUGUAGGCCUACCAUGGUCAUUACCAGGCUCUUCAGGUGCUCCUUGAGUCUUUCUUGGACAUUGAUAUAAAAGAUCACAAUGGUAGGGUGCUUCUCGAAUGUACUUGUCCUACAUGUGCAUUUUUUUUUUUUUUGUAAUGUUGUAGUACUUUCUAUUUUCUGUGUCUUGGAUUUUUAAACCCUCCAGAGUCCUUGUCACCAGCCUCGUUAUUAGCGCUUCAGCACGAGCGUGAGAGUAUGACGCCUUGAGCGGCGCGAGCUGGCGAGAGGUCUACGAGGGUCUAGCAGUAAUAAUGAAGGCGAGACUUCCCGCAAAACUCUUUCCGACUUGUUUCAAAUCUUCCCGUAGGUAGAGAAACGCACGUCCUGUAGCGCUGAUACAAGGUUCUGGUGCUAGGCUACUUUGUCACUAGCUAUGAUUUUAUGUUGAUCUGAUGUGCAGUUGUUAGCCCUAUCAGCUGAUAAAGUUGACGUAUAGCUGCGAAAUGACCUCAUUAGCUUGUCCGGGAGCUGUCAUGCAGAAUAUAUGCGAAAUACUGAACAUGGAGGGAGAAACUGGGGAGCAAACUAAUUUUUCGCUUUAGGGGCAACCAACGCGAAUAACUUCGAAGGAUUUUGCAAGACCCCCACUCGGUUUUAUAUUAGACUGUUCCAGGAGUUCUGUUAGUAAAGCAGAGCGCGACAGUAGCGAUCAGUAGCGGCGAAGUGAAAAUAGAGGGAGGCUUGGGUCGGGUCUCGUGAUGUACCCGAGUCGACCUCAAACUUCCCUCGUUUUCGCUCUGCCAUUACUGACGCGCCGUGUACUAUUGUGCUCCGUGUUACUACGUGUAACUGAACGCCUGAAACAGGCUAGUUUUGUAAUUAAUUUUGUAAUUUUGCUUUUAAGCAUGAAAGAAAUACUAUAUCGGUUCCAGGCCUUCAAUUUGUUUUGUUUUGUUUUUGUUUUUGUUUUUAAUUUCAGGUCACACUCCCCUUUACCUUUCUUCUUUUCAAGGACACGCGUACGUAUAAGUAUUUUCUACGUUAUGAAAAUAGUUUAUUUGAGUACUUUUUCAGGAAUGCGAGAGAUCAGAAAUUCUUGGAAAGGUAGAACUCUGUUAACGCGUUUGCCAGACCUGUUUAAGUCUUCAAAUAAGUCUUCAGCGUCUUUCGACGCUGAAUUGACAACUGCUCUAUGUAUUGUUGUGUAAUAAGUGAUUUGUAAAAUUAUUUUUCGAAAUUUCUUUUUUAUCUUACAGCGAAUGUGUAGAAUGCCUUUUAGAACACAAUGCCAAAGUAUUAGUGUAUGAUAAAAUAACAAAGAGUACGCCUCUGCAUGCAGCAGGUAAUUUUCAUGUUGAUCUUUUCACCCUCCCCUUUCCUCUUUUAGGAUAACUGAUGGUGACUUUUGCUGUUUAAAUUCCGUCUUAAGGGUCUCCUCCCGUGAGAAAAACAGUUUUUGAUUGCGCUCUGGCCGCGCGAGAAUUGAGCCGAGCGGGUGACUUUAAAAUGUCAAUCGAGGGUGAAUAGGCCAACUCACUGGUAUCAAUAAAAAAAGGGGGGAGAUACACGCUUUGUACUCAAGGAGGCCCCUUGGAGCCAAGUUGCAAAUUCGUGACCAAUUUUGAACAUUUCUCCUGAAAGGUAAAACCUGACUUUUCCCCCAAAUAUAACAAUUAUUUCGGUAGUUACCUGAUAUACACCAUCCUCGAAUGAAAGCCAUGCGCUGAUUGUGGCAAAAUUAUCAAUAAACGUCGCAUCCUAUGGGAAACAUAAUUUUGUUCGAAGAUUACAGGCUAAAAAGUAACAAGUGCGGCACCAUUCAGUAAUCUACAUCAUCCUCAAAAAUUUGUAUCAAAAUAGUGAGGUAGUGGAACUUAAAAUUUUUCAGUUUCCAAGUUGAAACUCCCUACACCGAGAAACUCUCUCUGGUAAAAAGUGACGCAGGUCAGGCAAAAACUAUCAGUUGUUACGUCGUAAUUAAUACAUCAUUUGUCUCGUUGUUUACAGCUUACAAUGGUCAUACCGAUUGCUUGAGACUUCUACUCCAAUACAGUAACCCAGAGAAUGCUUUAGAUUGCACUGAUGCAGAUUUAAGGUUUGUUCUCACCUUACAUGAAUGUCUGCCCGUUGUGUUAUUCUAUCUUGUUCCUUGCCUGAAAGUAUUGUCCGUUGCGUUUUCUUCAAAGUUAGGCCUGAUGCAUAGCCAAUAGUACUUGAAGACGAGUAUAAUUGUAACUUGCUUCUGACUGAAACCUUAUUUGCUAAUGGAAAACUCUCUUUCAUAGUAAAAUGAAAGUUAGAGUGAAUUAUGACUAGGGUUUCCAUGAUCCUUCAUCUGUCAAUUAUUUUUUUGAUACGUCAAAUCUUAUUAGGUUGUUACUUUUAGUGUAACAGUUUUCUGUCCCGGUGUCUCUGCAGAACACCCUUAAUGGCUGCUGUGGGGAAUGGUUUUGUGGAUUGUGCAAAUCUUUUGCUCGGUGAAGGAGCCAAUCUUUUAGCUUUGGAUGUAAAUCAACGUAGUGCUCUUCACAGAGUUGUAAGUAGCCGCCGUGAUGUGGCGUAAUUUUUCCUUAUUUUACAAAUUUUGCCACAUACGCACUAUAUUUUUAACCCUUUGACCAUAAGAGUGAUUAGCAUCUUAAUUCUCCUUACAAUGUCAGCCCUGAGUCAACUGUUGAGAUCACAAGAAUAAAGGAAUUGAUCAUCGACCAAAGAAUCUAUUGAUUGUUUAACAAAUUCCCCUUGUUAGCACCUCAGGAGAUGUAUAGAGAACAGUAUGGAGAAUAUGCAUACUGAUGUAGGCUGAAAAGGAUUGAUUGUAAGGGUCAUAGCGAAUUGUAAUUAAAUGAAACGAAACCUCACGAUGUUAGUGGAUUGAUGGGGGCGACAACAAAAUCAGUGAAUGAAAAAAUAAAUCUGAAGGACGGAAAAGUUAAAAACGGAUUGAGAAAUAAUGAGGUUGAAAUAUCAGCGCAGGAAUUAUCAGGAUGGUCAAUCCGUGAUAUACAUGUAGAUGACAAAAACUUGGGGAAAUCAUUUGUAAUAAUUUUAUCGCUUUUAUUGAGAACCUGACAUAGGGCAUCUGACCUUCUUUUUACCUCUUUGUCCCAGAUGCUGGUGGUACGGGGAAAGAUUGCGCCCUGAAUGCCUCAAACUGCGAUAGAGCGAUUUUACAAUUGAGUGUCGAAAGUAUUCCGGAAUUGCUUUGUUUUUGGUUAACUUCACUCUGUGAUUGGUGCGGAAAUCUCGUGCCACUUCCUCAACCAAUCAGAAGCAAAACUGAAACCAAUCACGACUUGGUCGGUCGCGUUUUCCCGCGCUUUAGGCAUUUUGAUUGGUUUUUACUUUGAGCUCUCUUAAAUAUAGUUUUCUUGCUUCUGUCUGGCCCUUGUGAUUAAUUUGGGUUUGGUUUUACGACAAGCAAUCGAAAAGUGCUCUAUUUUGCUACUAAUAUUUAAUUUUCUUUCCACGCUGAAGGCCGCUAAUGGUCAUGAUGAGUGCGCUGAAUCUCUUUUACGCAGAGAAGCAGAUGCACUUUGUAGGUGAGUGUAGUGCUCUGUUUGAAUAUUGAAUCGUAUUAUUGCUCAUCACCUUUGACUACACGAAGUCUUACAGCUUUCCUCGACUGCUAACUUGAUAUUGACUCAGCUUAACUACUACUGAGGCCUCAGUGGACGUUUUGCGGCUGUAACGUAUGGUUUUCACGUUCUAACAGGAUAUCGGAUUUUUCUUUAUUUUGUCAGAGAUUGCAACGGCCGCACGCCUCUUCACUUCGCAGCAGCUUGUGGUCACGUUGGUAUUCUAAAUGGUCUUCUGCAGGUUGCAGGUAGUGGUGUACACAUGGAUAAUCACGGUUAUACACCUCUUCACUGGGCUUGUUUUAACGGUACGUAUUCAGAAUGUUUACAACUGAGUUAAGACAUAUGCUGCUAGUUCUCAAAUUCUUGGAGUAAGUUGUGAACAGAUAGGCAGAUCGUGCAUAUGUUUAGGAAUAAUUCAUCUCGUUAUCAUCUAAAAAGAGUCGUGUAAGAGCUACCGAAGUAUUACUAGAUUAUGUUCAAGUUCGUCCUGUGUCGGUCAGUUACGAUAUCAUGACCGUGCGACCAAGAUUUAUGCCCGAGACAAGAAGAAUCAUCCGCCAUCGUAAAAAAUGAUUCGAGUACGCGGGUGUCUCUCGCCAUCCUUGCGUUUUUAUCUGAAGUGCGAGCGUCGUUUGGCUUCGGAGGUACUGCGCCCAAGUGCAAUAUCCUCACUUGUAGUUAAGCUGUCAUGAUGAAUUCCUUGUUAGUUGUCCCAUUUACCGGUCAAAAUAUUAUUUAUUUAGUAUAUGCUGUUUGUGAUCUAAUUAGUUAGUUAGCGAGGGGAAAAGAACGAACGUGAUAACAUUUCCCCCGCUCUCAACAUGUAUUUUUGUGGCUCAUUUGAUAGUAUUGUAAUAGUUUGAUAAUAUUGAUAGUAGUGCUAAAUCGUCAACUGGGACUCUCUCAAGGCAAGAAUUAUUUGAGCCCUCUCUUUCUAUGUUGACGUGAACUGCACUUAAUCUUUAAAGAUCAUGUCAAAAUAUCUUGCUAAAAACUAGCGUUCCUUCUGGUGGAUUUACCUUAGGUCAUCUCUCUGAUUAUAUCGUAAAUAUCUCGAACCCAAGUAUAUUGCACCAUUUUGGUAGAGUCCUAAAUGUUUGGAAACAACGUGAACUUCAUCGUGUAUCAGUGGAGCCUCAUGUUUGAAGUUGAUGCGUUCGGUUAAACAUGAUUUUCAUUUAUGAUAGCCUCUAAUGAGUUUUUCUUUACUUUCCAGGUCAUGAUACAUGUGUGGAUUUAUUGUUAGAGGUAAGAAGAGUAUUCUGUUUUGUCUUAUUGUAGUAUUCUUGUAUCAUUGCUUCGCAUUUGUUGUAUUGAUGACCAGAAUUCUUUCCUCCUCAAAGCGAAUUGUGCAUACGGAAUAUUUCUAGUCUUCUACUCAUAUGAAAUAACAGCAACUAGGGAAGACCCCUUUUUGACGUCUCCCAACUUUGGCGUAUGCAAAGGUUCAUUUGGAUAAAUCUCAGCUGGUGUCUUUUUGGAAUUCACAGGGUGACCAUUCGAGAGUAUUUGAUGGGAACCAGUUUACGCCAUUACACUGUGCGGUGUAAGUAUUCAGUGUUUGACCCCAGUGGGGUCCUUAAGCUUCAUGAACCCUUUAACUCCCGUGAGUGAUCAAGACAGAACUUCUCCUAACAAUAUCAAUACAAUAUCAAGAAGACAAGUGAUAAGAAUAUAGAAAAUAUCAUUUGGGGAGUACUAGUUGAUCCAAUACAAAAUUCUCUGAAUGAACAUCGCAAGAAUUGUAUGUCAGAGAGUAAGGGGAAUUACCAACGAGAUCGUGGGAGUGAAAGGGUUAACACUUGCACGUUUUCUUUAACGGAGAAUAAUGGUCCAGAAAGCAUUUAAUUUCUAUCUCUGCAAUGCAAAAGUCCUAUGAGUCCUUUUUAUGUGACUUCUUGCGAUUCCAGCAUGAUAUCUUGCAAGCAGGUUAUUAGAACUGACAAGCUUAUCAGGUAUAGGUGUUACGUUGAUUAAAAACCAAACACUCACAAACACAUUUUCUCGUGUUUGAUUUACAAGUAAAUGUAUUGCAGUCGGCAGGGAGAAUUACCAUUUGGAUCCUAGUUGUAAAAAAGGGUGAUAGAGGGACAUCAAGAGUGCAUCUGUUACCGGUUGCGAACAAUUGGAAUGAGUUACGAUUGGGUUGGAUGUGUGUUUUUUGACCGGAAAAGAUAUUAAAAAAGAAAUCUCGAAAUGUCGGUCACUCUCACCAUUUUCCCGCGUGCUUGAGUCGCCCAGAUAGCGACGUGUAAUACUGCUCUUCUCUUGCAGGGUAAAUGAUUAUGAAUCAUGUGCAGAAAUGUUACUUGACACAUUGGGCGACGAGAUAGUUAACUUGUGCGAUAAGAAAGACAGGUAAGCCAAAGGCGUCUUUGAGGUUAUAAGUACACUGCAUGCGGCAAAUAUUUACCAAGAUAAAGUGGGUGUUGAUGCAGAUUUUAUUCUUUUAACUCCUACAUGUGGCUCUUUCAUUUCUCUCUGUGUCUCUCGGCGCCUGGCCCCAGUUUUUUGAAGGGUCGACUUCGCUAUCCACCGUAAAAUUCUCUAGCCGGUGGAUACCGCAGUACGUUUUGUUAACACUUACCCGUUGGAUAGCGAUUUAUCCGUUGGAUAGCGUUAUCUUCCCGUGUAACAACUGAGUCCAGAGGUAUAGAUCCUACUAGCGAAUUGUCGGGUCCGACAACGUCGGGAAUGGAAGGGAGAGGGGUGGAGGUAACCUGCGGUUACUCGCAUCAAAUUUACUGGAAUAGUACAACAUGUAGUCGAGUAAGGCGUGGAUCCUGGGAUGAGUUUAGCGGUAUGGGCUUCUGGCUAGUGUGCGAUCCUUUUUUUUUUUUUUUUUUUACGUGAGAUCCCAUUGUACUCACUCUACACUGACACGUUUACGAUCGUGUGACCCGCCAGAGUUGCAUGAGUGUGGGUGAAUCUUGAGUGGCAAUUUAAGAGUCUUUUUAAAGACUUAUACAUUUAACGGGUUUUAGAAAACCGCUGAAAGGGGCUGGAAGGAAAUGAAAGCGUAAUGUUGGCAACUGCAUGGUAGGCAGGAGGUGUUCUUGUUCCUAGUACAGUUUAUCUCGUUAUUAUCAUGCAACAGCAAUAUAAGAACAGACAAAACGUUUGAUGGAAUUGUCAAUUCCUUUCAAUGCUUGUCAGUUCUGUGACAGUCAUAGUUGUGUGCUAGUUUAUUUGCAUAGUAAGGGUGACUUUUAAAUGGUUAGCCAAAGAAGUCAGGGACUGCAUUGGCUCGCUUUACGUUCAACCAAUCAGAUGCAAAAGUGAAAAUAAAUCGUGAUUCUUCUACCUGCGUUUUCCCGCGUUUUCUUUUAAAUGGCUCUUUUGGAGACUAGCCCGAAUGAAUGAAUGACCUCGGUGAUAACCCUGAUUUUGUGUUAACGAAACCCAGUCGAAAUCCACUACGCGCCAAUUAUUUUUUUUUUUUUAUUUUUGUUUUUUUUAAACUUUUUGCUGAUUGCUUCAUUUGUGUGUUGAUAUCUUUAGAAAGAGUCAAUCUUAUUCAAAAUACUCUUUUAUUGCUGGCGUGUUGCCUGCUUUUAGAGCGCUUUUCGAUAGAGUGCCAUAUAACCAAGACCAAAGCAAUGACAACGGCCAAUGAAAAGAUAGGAAAAUACAUUUAACAGCCAAUGGAAAGUCAAAGUAAAACCGACCAAACUGGAAAAGCGCCGUACAACGCGGGCGACCGAGUCGUGAUUGGUUUUGGUUUUGCAUUUGAUUGGUUGAAAGAGUGGCGCGAAUUUUUUUAGACCAAUCAGAGCGAAGUAAAGCAAAAAUGAAGCAACUCCGUAUGACUUUCGACGCUCAAUUGAAAAUCUCUCUAACGUCCAUAUCACUGAUUGCAAAUUGCAGAACUCCUGUUCAUGCUGCGGCUUUUAACGACCAAGUAGACUGCCUGCAGCUUCUGUUAGCAAGAGGAGGGAACGUAGAUUCAGUGGAUCAAAGCGGAAGAACACCUCUCGUAAUGGCCGCUGACAAUGGUCAUGCUGGUUCAGUGGGUGAGUAUCGUGUUGUUUUUCCGAAUGCCGAAGCAGUGUUCUCCAUUUCGGGCGAUGACCUGUAAAAUUUACCAACGGUAGUACUUCUUACUACCGUCUAAAAUGGCUUGGAACUCUAGAAAAUUGACAGGUUAAAGGGAUUGCUUCACUGGUUUGAAAAUUUCUUUCACCUGUCGAGUUCAAAGUGAGGAAGAACACUGCGAGGUUGUUGUUGUCUUAUCCCUGUUCCUUUUGUCUAUUGUUUAAAAUGGCUCUCAUUGAUUGGUUCAUGGAACAUGAUAGAAAUAUGGGCGUAUCCUUGGUGUGGUUCAAUGGGUGAUUAUUUUUGGAUGAGUGCUGAUUUUCAUCCUUGUUUUGCUGUAACGUUUAAGUGAAAGAGCUGAGUAGACUAAACAGCUUGUUAUCUUGCUUUCCAAGAAGAAUAAGCAUUGAGUAGAGUUUUACUAAAUGAAUGUUUCUCGAAGGUCGCAGUAACUUAACGGGCCUGUAAAGCUGUUCUAAUUUUCAUUCCAGAUGGGGUUUUAAAGGUUUUGAAAACGGUAUAUAAAAACUAUCAUCUUAAAAAUCAAAAUGGGCUGAUUAAGGUGCCAGAAACUGCUUCUCUAUUGUUUAAAUUUUGAUUUUAAAAUCUGGUUCGGGCCCGUUCAUUUACCGGGACUUAAGAGAAACGGGCCCGAAGCCCCGGUUGGUUGAAGGGUGGAUAUUACCAUCCUCUACUGACAACAGUCCUUCUCAGGACUACACUCAACCGAACGACCAGACUGCACUUUCACAUGUUACCCCCGGGUUCAACCAAUUACAGAAUCAUUAAGUAAAAAAAUUGUAAGUCCUUUAAAAAAAAAAAAAAAGUGGGCAUUUGACCUGCAACUUUAGGUUCAUUUGUUUAUUUGCUAGUCGUAAGGUGGUGCUUCUCAGCAGACGUUUUACAACUUGUGUUUUUUUUUUCUGAUACAGAAUACCUAGUAGGGGACGGUGGAGCAGACGUUAAUAUAGUUGAUCAAAGUAAAAACACAGCGUUGCAUGUGUCGUGCCGUCAGGUGAGAUUCCAAUUGUUUUAACCCUUUGUACCCUAACAAUAGUAUUCAUAUUCUCCACACUGCUCUCUCUACAUUUGCUAUGGUACUGACAAGGAGAAUUUGUUUGAAAAUCAGAAGCUUCUGAUAUUGGUGAUCAGUGACCUUUAUAUUUGAUUCAAGGUUGAUAUUGUAAGGGGAAAUCAGAAGCCAGUUACUCUAAGGGAUUGAAAGGUUAAUCGUUGUUGUGUUGUGUUUUGCUAUCCCUCGCCUUCCUUUCCGGUUCCUUCUACAAAUUAGGUGGAAGCUUUUGGCGAUUCGUUUCCACCGCUUGAGUUCAUUUGAGUGCGCAAGACUUAGGAUUCUUUUCAUGAUCUUUACCAAAAGACGCUUGCUCUCACGUAAUAUUUUUCAUACUCCCAUAGUGAUAAAAAAAAAAUUAGUAACAUUUAAUCUCGAUAGCUUCUGCUGUUUUGAGUGUUUGCAUAUUUAUCCUGUCUUUCUCCACUUACUUCUCAGUCAUUUAUCAUUUUACUUUUUAUUUACUAUGUUUGUUCGUAUCUGUUCGUUUGUUGGCUUUUUCUCAUCUUGUUUUUUUAUAUUUAUUUUUUAUUUGUUUCUGUUCUGUAGGGCAACACUGCUUGCGCUUUAUUGAUUCUAGACAAAAUGGAGGACUUGCAUCUCAGCCUCGCUAACUCUGCUCUCCAAACGUAAGUAUUAACCGUGAUACGAAGAUGUAAGUGUGACUUGUAACCCGCUCAUACAAAAACUCUAUGGUAUUGAUAUUGUUAUAAUACUUGUAAAGGCACGCUUCAAAGUCCUCAAUAAUUACCUAUUGUGUGCCAAUAGCCCUUUGUGUGUUUGAAGUUAUAAGUGGGUUAAAUCCAUUCUUCAAAAUGUUGUGAGGUGGACAUCAGAUGCUGAGUGAAUUUGUAAAUCACACUUCUCCUUAUCUGUGUCCCGUGUCUCUUCCCUCAUCCUGCAUUUCUCAUCGAGUUUCCCUAUCUCUUGGCUCGUCUCCUUCAUCCGCUGUCCCUCUUUUACCAUCGUGUGUUCCCUGUCCCUUUAGUUUUACCCUUUUCAUAUGUCCUGUCUCUCGUGUCUCUAACUUUAUAGGCUUUAUCUCUAGUCUCUCAUGCCGUCUAUGAAUGUAGGACGCAGGACUCGUGUGAAAUCUCUACCAGUUCUUAUCUGUGGAGCACUGUUUUUAAAGCUUUGAUGUAAACUUUGCAACCUCUUUCCUUCUUUCCUUGAGCUUGGCUGGAACAGUAUCUAAAAUCUGAAACUCAUCCACGAAACAAUUUUUUUUGUCAUGUUCUCACAGACCCUUACACUUAUCCGCAAGAAAUGGCUUAGUUCCUGUUGUACAGGAGCUCAUAACAAGAGGGGCGAAUUUACUAGCCGAAGAUGAGGACGGACAUAAUCCUGCCCUCGCUUGUGCACCCAACACACAAGUAGCCGACUGCUUGGCCCUUAUCCUGGCAGCCAUGAUACCCAACUUGGGAUCUCCGAGGGCAACCUCGGAGCGUCUGGAGGAGACAGACGACCACUCAGACGACGACUUAUUAGAUUUUGUGACGCCCUCAAGCAGUGCUACGGUGUGACGGGGACAACUCAUCGGUGUAUUUUUAUUAUAAUUCUAGGAACAAACAUUUUAUAUUUCAAUUUGUCUGAAAGAGUUCAGCCCUGAUUGGGACGUACAAAUUUCACGGGUGAAGGAAAUUGUUACCGUGCUUUUUCCAAUUCCGUUUUCAAAUUACAGCUGUCCCUUGCAGCCACAAGAACAAGGUAUUUGUCAAAUAUAAUAUCGCUUCAACAGCAAUUUACAGUAUCGCACAAAGGUUUCUUACCAAAGGUGACGUAUCCUGAUGGCGAGAAGCAGCGUGAUACGUCUUGAAUUUACCGCCAUUUCCGUUUCCAUUUUUUUUCUUAGGUAUUACAAUAAGUACUGUAUAUUCAGCGAGAAAAAGCCGUUAUGAAAUUUGCCAGUCGUCGUUUGGAUGGAGCUACAGCCGUGAGACCUUAGUCUUUAUUACAUAAAUUCGUUUAGAGAUUCACACAGAAGUCUGUAGCGAGUUCAACGAAAUUGUUCGCUCUCUUGUAAAACCCUUUUUUACCUUCUGGAAAACGUCUUUUUUUUCUUUACUCUCAAGUCUCACAUAUGCAGCAUGUGCAGCUCAAUCGAAUUCAAGCCAUGAAAAUCGUUGCAAAAGAUUUGAAAGAUGGCAGUUAAUAAGUAAGGAUGAAAUAAUAUGCAGUGUUUAUGCACGAAGGGAGAUCCCUAUCCAGUCCAAACUUUAAUGCCCAUUCACGCCAAAGCCUAAACCUAUUUUGUAGCUGUAAUGUUAAACAUGGCUUUUAGUUGUUGUUGUUUUUUUUCCAUAAAAGCUGCCUAAACCGAUCUUUGUUGCCUUCAAAUUUAGCACAUUGAAAACUAUGGAAAUUUCAGUUUCACAGUAGUCUCCUUCUGGAGGCUGACUAAACGCGCUUUGCUGGUGUGAAUGGGGUAUAAGUCCAGAUUUUCCAGAAAAGAAUCUCCAUUCGAACUGAUUACUUUACACAUUCAAUUGAGAAUUGCUUCACUGUGUCAGCUUUUAAAUGCUUGUUUUGAUUAAGUUGUAAUGGCUAUCAAUAUUACCCAUUCAAGGCCAGUUUCAUUUGAUAUUUUUGUUUUGUGCUUUGCAUCGGGUUAAGGUAUGUAAUGUACAGAUAUUUAAAAUUAUCUUGAACAGAACCGAAGCAAUUUCUUAGUGUAUUUUUUAAACUCAUCACCUCGGUAUCAAUUGUAUCAUAUUUCUGACAUCGUUUUGAUUAAGAAUGGUUUUUACCAUUUUUUUGAUACAUCUGUGUUAUUAAAAUGAAUAUCAAA